GCUUGCAGCAAAUAGGUACAGAGAAGAUGCCGACAGAUUAUAAAGUCACUCUCAAUUAUCUAACAGCCAUGUGCCAACCAGUCUCAUGUCCCAGAUGAUUUCUAUUGUUGGUCUGCUACAACCGCAGCUGAGGAAGUAAUCAUGGCGGCGAGAGAGUAUAUUGUUUUAUACACUCAUCAGAAGAGGAAAAAAGCCAAGGUAUGGCAAGAUGGUGUCCUCAAAAUUAGUGACCAAGGAACUAAAGCAGUGCUCAUUGGAGAAGGAAACAAAAGGCUGGAUCAGGUUCAUAUAAAAGUGAACCAGGCUGCUGUUGGAGAGGAGCUGGAGAGCGAGAAAUACUUGAUCACCAUCGAAGAGAUUGCAUCUUCUGAUACACAGAAAUCUGAACCUGUAAGUCAUGAUCUGGCUAUGGCAAAGAAACCUGAUCAUGCACUAGUAACUCCUGCCCAGGUUCCAAGAAGACAGCCCCUGAAGAGAAAGAGAACAGGAUUCGUACCCCCAAGGCAAGUCAACAAGAGACCAAGUCCAGAGAAAGAUGAUCCCCAACAGAUGCCGGGUACUCCAAAUUUGCCUCAGUCAACAGGGUUUGGAAGUCCAAGGUCUUCACUGUUCAGUUCUCCUUUCAGCAAUACUGAGGCAUCUUCACAGGGUUCCGAUAUCUUGAACAUGUAUGGAAAAGGUUCUGUCAGGUCCUCUCAAAGCUAUAUGGCAUAUGCAGCCUCCAAACCCCAAAUCCAAAAUGCUAUGAGAAGCAAGGCACCUAGCUAUGAUCCUCAUGAUAUUAAGAACGACGUUGAAGGAGAAUCACAGGAAUGGAAUAAUGAUUACAAUAAGACAUUGUCAAGUCACAAUACAGAUACUGGCUUUUCACCACAUCCUGAAGAUAUGACUGCCAUGGCCCUAGAUGUAAGUGGGCAUCGAGUGGAAAAUCAGUUACAAGAAAGCUUUAAAGUAAAAGUUGCUGGUGAUCCACCUAGGACAGCGACAUGUGUGGGUGACAAGUCUGAAACAAUAAGAAUUCCUGGUUCGACCAGUCAGACCCUUGUGAGAACAUCUCUUGAACAGCAAGGAGAUCUUUCAGUUGGUCCGGGUAGGCCAGGAAUGAAUCUGAAUAGUGUGGAGACUAGGCUGCAAGGAGAAACCAAAGCCCAUGCUGCUCCGGGUGCCAAGCGGAGCACCUCUAGGAUUCUUGCUUUGCUUGGUAAAGGAAACAAAUCCUUCCAGCCUCCUUUGAAGCAGAAUACUACUCAAAAUGAAGUUACAAAUGCAAUAACACAUCCAUCUAUAGUAAAUGUAGAGGUUUCUAGUUCUCAGACAAUAUCCAGUCCUCAGCAGCCAGUACAUACCUCUCUUGACAAUUACCAAGAAACUGGGAGUUCUGCAGAACCCUUGACGGUAGAGCAGGCUGUGUGGGAUAAUCCUUUGUCCCACAGUACAGAAUCACACAAGUCAGACAGUCCCUUAGAUACUUCUAGGGAACUUAGAAUUCCGCCAUUGCAUAGAACUUCACAAAAUGUCAGCAUACGCAGUGAAAACAGUUUAAUGAGGUUGAACACUGUAAGUGAUCAAAAGACUGAAGCUUGGCAUAAUAAAACUGGAGUUCAUGAUGAGCCUAGAAUUGCCCAGGGGAAUCCAGUACUUAGCCAAAACCAGGACCAAGAUCAUUGUUUGCCUGAGGAAGCAGGUAUGUUGAAUCGUUUUUUUUUCUUCUGCAAUUUUUCUUUAGUGUAUUAUGUAUAUGCAACCUUGUUUCUAGCUUAUAUACAUGUAGUUUAUAAAAUAAUCAACUUUUUGUGCAUCCGACCCCCACUUUUCUCCAAUCUUCUCUUCAUGAACUGCUGAAGUCACUAAUGAAAUAGCAUUAUGAUUUUUAUAAAAACUAAAAAAUACUGAUAAAAAUCAUUUCAGUAAGGUCCCACAUAUAAGGGGUUGGAUGUAGCGGUACAUAUUUCAUAGAAUUGCCCUUUGUUGAGUUUGGCUGCAUAGUUUUUACAUUUUCUGUUCAUGUCAUUGUUAGUACUAUUAGUGCAUCAUUUAUGAUAACACUAAUUCUAAUUGAAAAUCCAGUUGUAUGAUCUCUUGAAAUCUGUAAAAGAGUUUCCAAGGAAAUAAAAGUUAUCAAAUAGUGUUUCUCCUGCAUUUUUCUCCUACUUUAUGUUUAGAGACAGACAAGGCUACAAAACAAUGUGAAGUCCAUAUAGAUUCAAGUUCUGAAUUAGAGCACAAGGAAUGUAGGAAAUGCAAUAGCAUCAAGUGUACAUGUACAUGCAAUUUACAAAGCAAAGAUCUUAGGGACCCUUUUAUCACAGUGACAAGUUUACAGGAAAAUACAAGUAUGAUGAAUAGAGAUAUUGAUGAUAUAGUAGACAGCCAAGAAAGUACACAUUGCCCAUCAGCAACAGCAACUGAGCAGAUUAAGAAAAAUGGUCAGGAAGAAAGAAGUGUUAAGGAUCCUGUAUUACCAGAUAUAAGUAAUGAUGAAUUAGUCUCAUCAGCUAUAACUUGCAGUAGUUUUGAUCAAGAAAAGGGCAUAGGUAUAGGUAUUGAUGAUCAAGAGAGGGAACCAUGUGCACCAGGGAAUACAAAUUUUAUGGAGGAAGAAGCUUUUCAGAAAGAACCAUCUGGCUGUCGGAAUGAUGACAUUACUACUGGUAGUGAUGAAACGUGCAAGGAAGCAUUUGGAACCAUGAACCAACCAUCUCUUACACAAAACACGCAUCCUGGUAUCUUGACUGGUCAGUCUCCUGGCAAAUCACAAACCGAUAGUAUGGAUGUAUGCUUCCAGAUUGACUUUGAUCCAGAUGCUUUGUCUCAAGACCUGUCCAUUGAAGCAAAUGGAUCCGAGAGUGAAAUGAAUGCUGACAAUUCUCAAAGCAUGGUAGCACUAUCAGAUCAAGGUGAAUGUAUAGACAAGAUUGCUGAUCCCGAAUGUAAGGAUGGUUCAGAUAAAACCUCUGGACAUAUUAGUAUUAACCUCUCUGAUGGCUUCAAGGAUACUUCAAUUGUAACAAAGUCCCCAAAAUUUGAAUUUGUUUAUGGUCUACAAGAAGAUGAUGUACAGGUCCCAGUAGAUACUUCUAGAAGACCUAAUAAUGCCAUUGCUAUAGAAAACACAACUGAACUUGACCAGAAAUCCCCAUGUCCAAAAGCUUGUAGAGAUCUUGAUGAUGAAGGUAAACCUGAGAAGAGUGAUGUAUGUCCUGAUUUUUCUUCUGCUGAUAACGCUGAUGAUGCUUGUGAAAACCAUGUAAAUGACGAUGUGAGCGUCAAUGUGGCAACUGAUGUUGUCCAGACAUCCCUAAUACCAGAGAUGCAUGCUGAAGAUAGAGGCAGUGUUAUCAAAGAUGGUGCACACCACUGUUUUACACCUCCACUAAUUGCUGUUGGUCAGGUGAGCUGUGGAGCUGAUAGUCAUUCCAGCAAUAAUGGAGAGGAGUUGGCAAGGAAAGACGUGAAAUGUGAUAAUGGUUUUGUGAAAAGCUCUCCGGUCAUUCAGGAAUCUUCAUGCCAUUAUGUUGAUGCUGCUCAGGUCAGUCUUUGUGAAGUCAACUCUGAUCGAAGUGAGAUACCUAAAGAGUACAAGGUGGAGGCUCAUAUUCACAAUGCAGAGACAGCUCAUCCAGAUCAUGAACUCGAUUAUCAAGUCCUAUACUACAGUGACUUGGUGCUCAAAGGCAUGAACAGUCAACAGUCCUCUGUAACUUCCAUGGAUACCUUGGAUUUUUCACAGGAUACACAAAGAAAUACAGACCCAGCACUAUAUUGCCAAGACAUAGACAAGAUCCCCUUCUCCCAAGGUGGCACUGAUCCUUCAGCAUUACCUUUCCAGAAUGUUGAUGCUGUGGUCCCAGACUGCGAAAUUACGAAGACACAAAGUCAUUAUGAAAGUCAAAAUGGAGGAUGUCCAAUGACCGAGCAUUCACCACAGAGAGAAGUGUCAAGCUGCUUUGAUCCUACCAGUAUACAAGAGCUAUAUGAAAGUGAGCAGUCAGUCCCAGAGAUUUCCAUUUCAGUUGACCAUGAAACAUCCAUAUUGCAGGAAGAUGAAGGAUAUGAACAAGUAAACAUGGCAGGUAAAGUAUCUCAAGGAGAUCAUCUUCCUAGAGAGUGCACAACUCCUGAGCCGGAAAUUGAACUUCCUGCUCAUGCUUUUGAUUGUGUUGGAAAAGAAGUUUAUGACAAUAGAGAUGGUUUUGGCAAUGCACGUUCAAUGGUCGAUUACCAAUGGGUCAUAACCCCCAAUAAUGAACCAUUUCUGCUUCAGACACCUGAAUGUAGCUCAGAAGAUUUGAUUUGUGACCGAAGCAAUAUGCCUGUCUAUGACAAUAAUCAGUUAUUUAGAGACUCCAGUGAGAUUCCAUUUACCGUUUCCCCAAAUGUAAGUCAGGGAAGGACACCCUUAGAGCAUGCAGAGAGGUCUUCUUGGAAUGCUAGUCAUGUUGGGAGAAGAACGCAACCUCAACUCUGGUCAACAGCAUCAGUGUCUAGUCCCAGAUCUAAGCAGGAGGCAGUAUCACCAGUCUUUGAAUUGCCACAUCCUGAGCAGCUCUGCAACUAUGCAUCAAAACAAGCAGACCAUGGCACUUCUCCCAAAACAAGACUACAGGAUGAUCAUCUUUUCAGCCCUACAUCUACCAUACUACCCCACCCCUCAUAUCUGAAAACUUCAGUGAAAAGAAAUGCAACAAACAAAGAUCCUAAGGUUUGUAAGGAGAAUGGUUCUUCAAAGGAUGGAAUCUACUGGAAGAAGUUUGUAUCCAGUGGAAAAGUGAGAAGAAAUCCACAAACUCCUACCAACUCUAUGUACCUACCAAGACAAGAGUCUUAUGACUUCCAAGAAAUACUGCCUUUGGGGACUGAGAGAAUGUUUCCAUGUAGCACUCCUGUUGUAAAUGAUGCAAGGGCUCCUGGACCAUUUGGUCCCUUAGCCAAGGGGUACCCUGAGAUUCCCACCCAGACGGAAUUUGAACCAAGGCAGGAAUGGAGUAAUCUUGAGAUGCAUAGUGAUACAAUUGAGGUCAGUAGCAUCCCUGCAACAGCACCGUUUGGAAGUCUGCUUUUACCUCCUCAAAGCUCGUCCAUUAAACCUACUGUAGAAGAUUAUGCAACCUCGCCAGUAGCAACAGAGAGAUUGAGCUCCUCGCAAGCCUUUAUGAGAAAUAUUCAGCAGCUCCAUCGUACCCCAGAUAGGAAUUCUUUGCAAUGCGGACAGUCAGAUGAUGACAGAGACCUAGGAAUUUGGGAAACAACAAGUGUAUCCCAUGCCAAUCCAUGUGUUUUACCAGACUACUGUGAUCCUCAACCCAGACACAAUUCCAAUCUGUUCAACUCAGAUACACCAUUGCAGGGUGUUCACAAUAUGCCACAUGCAGUAAAGAGUAGUCCACAUCACCCUCCUUUGUCCAACGAUCACCAAUUGUGGGAUGAUUUCUUUGGAGUCAGUAGAAGUCAGAUUGGUUUGCCCCAAGCCACUCAGAAUUGUAGAAACCAACAGGUACCUCAAUCCAGAAAGGCCAUUAGACAUCUAUCUAUCAAUAGGAUAAGAGAUGAGGAAUCACUAGAACAAGAUGUCUUUUGUUUAUACCCAACAGUGAGGGCACCAUCUCAGGACGUGUUAUUGGAGGAAGAGAGAUAUAUUGAUAAUUCCUCAUACCAAAAGGAGGCCCAUUUUCAUGUUGGGAAUGUCCAAACUUACGGAGAGGAUGUGAUGAGUCCUGAACUGGAUUUGCAAUUAGACAGUCCCUCAUCUGACAAUGUGAUGGUUGCCUUUGGUAGCCAACACUUAGGGAUGUCCUUUGGUAGCUCAGCCAGACAUACUUCAAGAGGUGACAUAGGAAUAGAUGGUCCAUUAGAGGCAAUCGACAGACAUCACAAAUCAUCUACAAAUACAUGUCCUGCAAUUGAACAUGUUGUGUAUGGGAAUGAAGGCAAAGUAGUGGAUGCUGCUUCAAGUUCCUCUGCUAAAGUGUCUAUAAAGGUGGAUGGUGGAUGGCAUUUUGAUGGCCCUACAAAGCAAGUCCAAGUCAAUGAUGAUAUCCAAAGUUCUAUUCUUCAUGGAAAUCUUGAACAACAAGUUGAUCUUACAGCUUUCAAAGCUCCACAAGGAUCUGACAGUACAUAUAUAGAUGAACAAGGUAUUCAUCAAUAUUUCAAUGUGGGUGUAUUAGAAAAAUUACAGUCAGAUCUCCCUCCAUCUCCAGCGGCAAGAUGCGAACAAUAUCUUGGUGGCAACAAUGAUUCCAAUAGGAUGAGACAUUCUGGAAUCGUGAUUGAUUUUGAAAGGUCACAAACUCCAGACUUAUUCACAACCCAAAAUGAUGAUCCAAUUGAUGAUUGCAACCCUCCUGAAGAAAGCUUGAGUAGUAACAUAAUUAUACCAGCAGAUAGUUUAACUUUAUUGGACAAUCCAUUCUCUCUUGAAUGCCCAGGCAAGCAGAUGGAUGCAACUGACCAGAUUAGUGACGCCAUGGUUAAAGAACUUCAAAACACCUCAGAGCAGGAAACACUAGCUGAGUACAAUGCAUCAAGAUUCUUGAGCCAGACUCCCCAGGCUAGUGGGAGGAAGAUGGCCUGGAAACGGCGACCCCUCAUCUCAAAGCCAACCAAUGUACCAAACACGCCUUUACCAAAGAUAUUCAGCAGAGAAGCAGUUGAAGACAUUACUUUACCUCUAGACACAGAAUCACAGAGAAUCGAUACUAUGCAGGCUGAGAAUUACCCAGUAUGCAGUAUAGUCACAGAUGCAUUACAUGAAGUGUGUGACACCUUGAAAGAUCAUUUCGAUGGUCAUUUUCCAGAAAGAGACAUGUCUGGCAUGAAUCAGCAGGAUGAGGAUAUCGGUAAAAUGUUCAGUGGUGCUUCAGCUGAUGAAGCUCCAUCGCUUUUACAGGAACAGCAAGAGUUCACACAAGAAUGCAAUCAAGAAAGGCAUCCACGUAGUGCUUCCUUGAAUGGAGGCACUUCUAAAGGCAUUAAUGGUGGAGAAUGUUCAUUGAGUAAUAUGGAUCAGCUGCAUCAAGAAGAAUUUGAAGGCUUUCAUGAAUUACCGCGGAUGAUACCAACAGGUACAUGUACAAGGGUACCUCAUAAACAUAAGGAGGUGAUGUCAUAUCAGCAUUAUGGUGAGGACCGAGAGCUGGCAUUAGUCUUAGACAUGGUACAUAUUGAAAAUAAGCCAGGACAGUCAAAACUGGACGUGCUGGAGAAAAGACCUAAUGAUUGGAUCACUGAUGAUCUUCUCUGCAAUAGCCUACAUGGCAACAGAGCUUCCACACCGAAGCAAAGGAGUGAUGAGAUUAACAGAUUUCUCCAACUUACAGAAGAUAGUUUGCAAUCUUCAGGAAACAUCGCACAGUCAAGAGAGCACUAUGAACCAAGCAAUGAAUUUAGAGUAGGGACACCACAGAACAGUUUAGAAGUAGGACAGUUAGAUGUGCAAGUCAAUCGCAGACAACAUAAGCCAUCUCUGCACCAUCUACAUCAUGCAAACUUGAAUGGUGAUAGAAAUGAAAUGGGGAAGAGUGGUUCCCAGACACAGUCAGGAGAUGUCUUUCCAGGAGGGGUAGAUGGAAGAGGAAGGAAGAAGGGGUUCAGGACACCAGUCUCCAUGAUGUCAAAUAUUGGUAUGCGUGGUGAACUCAACUUUCCAUCAGCUGAUACAGUUCAUAGUGGGUCUGUACCUCAGAGAAAGAUCACGAUACCAGUCUCCUUUCCCAGUGGAUCAAGCUACAAACAGGUUUUGACAGAGGCUGUAAAGGAACAUCUGAACAUCCUCCUUUAUGAGCUCUCCCAUCGCUACCAUUCCACCAUGGAGAAGGCUGACAUCACCCCUUACACCAAGACCCAUCACUCCGGCGACGCCCACCUGGGAACCAGUGGUGGUGGUGGUAUGGGGAAUCCCCCUUGUAAGCAUGGUCAGCCUGCCAAGAUGGUGUGUGUCAAGAAGGAUGGUCCUAACAAAGGCAGGAUGUUCUAUGUCUGUAACAAUCAACGGGAGAAUCAGUGCAAGUUCUUUGAAUGGGCUGACCAACAUUCGGCACAGGCCUCACAAACCCCAACCCAACCUUCACAGUCCAGAGCUAAGAUUUCUCUUCACAAUGCUGAAAGCAUUGAGAAAUUUGCAAGGACCAACCAGAUUCAUCUGUACUGUGAAUGUCAGUUGAGUCGAAGGGGCAGCUUGAAUGAGGGACCCCUUGGAUCUGCACCGUCUUGGAUUAAGAAAUACAGAGCACAGCAGCUGAACAAUACCACCAAGAAGUUAUACAUAAAAUUAGACAGGAAAGAACACUCUUCUACCUAUGCCAAAGAUGACCUGUGGAUCGUAAGUCAAGAUUUGACCUUUGACCCUGCCUGUUCCUUCGUGGCCAAGAGUAGGUUCCACGGGCCAUCAUCGACCAGUGAGAUUGAGAUUGAACCUCUGACUGGAUAUUCUCCUUCUAAUUGGUCCAGAGUCGGUGCAGUGUAUGGAAUCCUGGCUUGCAAUGCUAGCUCAGAGCUGACUUGUCUUGAAAAUCUCCAAGAAUAUGUCAACCCCAGGACGUUCCCCAUCCUUUCUCAUCUUAUCAGCUGUGAGCCAGAGAAAAAUCCCUCAUUUCAUGGUCCUGCUUUCGUCAAGCCUGCAAGGUCUCGUCAUCUCAACCUCCCGUCAUCACUCAUCACUGAGCUUGUUGAAGAUACCAUCAGAUUGCAUCAUUUGAAUCCUGACCAAUCGUUGGCCUUGCAGCAAGUAUCAAGCAUGCUAGGAGACGACGAUCCACCAGUUACACUCAUACAUGGUGUGUUUGGUGCUGGUAAAAGCUACCUAUUGGCUGUCAUGGUCCUGUUCUUGAUCAAUCUAUUCAAACUUCAUGAAGAGAAUGAACCCACAGGUCAGGACGGUGGUUGGAAAGUCCUUAUAGCAUCUACUACAAAUGUAGCUGUAGAUAGGAUACUCCUAGGACUUCUUGAACUUGGAUUUGAAGAUUUCAUUCGCGUUGGCAGCCUUAGAAAAAUAGCAAAACCAGUCCUGCCGUACAGUGUCCAUGCUUCGGACAAGGAGAACCAAGAGAUGAAAGAACUACAGGAGAUGUUGAAGGGAGACCUCACCCAGAGUGAGAAGCAGUUGGUGAGGAGGAGCAUUGAGAGACAAAGGCUUGGAAAGAAUAAAGAGAUGCUAUCAAAGGUCAAGGUCAUUGGGGUCACAUGUGCAGCUUGCAGCUUCCCUUGCAUUAAGAAUUUAAAAUUUCCUGUUGUAUUACUUGAUGAAUGUAGCCAGAUGACUGAACCAUCCUCCCUGCUUCCUAUGGCUCGGUUUGGAUGUGAGAAGCUAGUUCUUGUUGGAGACCCACAUCAGCUAGACCCUACCAUCCAAGGAUCGGAGUCAGCUCACAAAUCAGGAUUAGAACAGACUCUCUUUGAUCGACUGUCUCUCAUGGGUUAUGAUCCUAUUAUGCUGAGGACACAGUAUCGCUGUCAUCCCUGUAUCAGCAGCAUUGCUAACACACUCUUCUACGAUGGACAGCUAUUGGAUGGAGUCAUCGAAGAAGACAGACCUCCUUUACUGCCCAACCUCCCAACUCUCUGUUUCUUCAACAUCUCCCACGGCCGUGAGAUGAGCUCAAGGGAUGGUAGUUACUUCAAUGACCCUGAGGCAAGCUUUGUGGUAUUCCUCAUCAGUAGCAUGAUGGAGAUGGGGAUUUCCCCAUCUGAUGUAGGGGUCAUCACACUUUACAAGGCUCAAGUCAGCAGAAUCAGAAUGCUCCUCCAGACAUUAAGCACUCAGAAAAGCAGUGAACUGAAAGCUAUCCAGAUAUCCACAGUAGAUGCUUUUCAAGGUGGAGAAAAGUCCAUCAUCAUCCUGUCUUGUGUACGGACUCAGAGAGUAGGAUUCAUUGACUCGGACAAGCGUACUAAUGUUGCGCUGACCCGAUCUAAGAAUCAUCUGUUAAUUGUUGGUGGAAUGAAGAUGCUGUCAGAUAACCACCUUUGGGGAGAAAUCAUCCACAAAUGUCAAGAGCACCCGGGAGGAAUUCAAGAUUCCAAGGGCUUCCAGAAGAAGUGGGAGGAGAGACUGAAGGAACUGAAACAAGAUGUCGACCCGGAACCGGAGAAGAGGCCUAGGAGAACGAGAGGGAAAAGAAGAAAGCUAGAAAGGAACGAGAGAGAACACUCGCCAGCCAUGUCACUGGAUAGUGAUGACAAUGAUGAUUUUGUAAGCAGUGUUUCUCUCACUUUACCUGGAACCAUCAAAGGCCUUAAUCCUGACACCUCUGGAGUAGACUGUUCGAAAAACACAAUACCACUUCCCCCAGGAUCACCCCACUCAACCCUCAGUGACAAUGACCUGGUCUGUGUGGAUCUGAGCACCCCUCCAGAAGAUAUGGAACUCAGCAACACCAGAUCCAGGCCGGAUUUAAAGGAAUCAGCUCCUGUACCUGAUGCCACGUUUGUAGCUUCGCAUCUUGCCUUAGAGGUGGGCCACCCUCUCUGCCAUUCCCAUUCAUUCCCAGUGGAUGAUGACCUGUCUUCCAUAGAUCUGGUUACACCACCUGAUCCGCAACUAAACACCACCACCAGAUUAAAGAUGGAUUAUGCAGAAUCAGAAGAGGAUGUGUCCUCUGCAGUCCCUGGCACCUGUCCAGGAGACAAUCUUACAUGCACACCCAGGUCAUCCACAGAGGAGGAUGACUUGCCCAGUAUAGAUAUUGGUACCCGAUCAAUGAACAAAGACAUAGGAAAUUCCAAGCGGAGCAUAGAACACAAGAAUUCUUUCUUUCUUGGAGAUGGUGCUACUGUGGAGGAAUGUAGAGAUUCAGUUGUGCAGGAGUCGGUGAAGACACCAGAGGCCAGUUUCUCCUACUCGCCCCUGGAGCAUGUGGUAGAAUCGGAUUCAGAGGAGAGUGGAGAGGACAUCCCAAACUUUGACAUUGGAGAUAUCUUUUCAUGAUGAUAAAGUCUUCAGUAGUGCAAAAAACGGAUUGUGAGAUAAGACUUUCAAGUUUGGAAAUUUAGAGCUAUUAAUUUAUAACAUUUUAUUGAUGGUGUAAUGACCUCAUUAUUUGCACCUUUCGCUGUCAACAACAACUGCAGAUAUUGUGUAGUCAUGCAAUAUACAUGAUUAACCCAUAGGACAGUCUCCUUUAAGGAGACUUAUUUGCAAUUUUUCUUUAUCCCAAAUGUUAGCAAUCACACAUGGAAUAUAAGAAAGAGAAAACUGUACCAAAAAUAUUAAUACCCAUUUCUGUAUAGUAGGUGGUUUGGUUCCGGAAUAAAAACAUUACAAAUUUUUGAUGUUAUAUCCAUAUUUAAUUAUUUUGAAGUAUGGAAAUGAUUAUUGUUGCCAAUUCGAGGAGCAAAAAAAGAUUAUUUAAUCUUGACUAAGUUAAAACUUUGUACCUCUGGAAUAAUCUGAGUUCAUCAAAAUGUGUUACCUGUCCAUUUCAAAUUUACAAGGACAACAACUAAACAAAAAGGAAUUCAAUAAUCAGAUUUCAGCUUU